CCCCUGCCCGCCGCCCCACCCGCGCCGCUCCCCGCCUGGCCGGCCCGGCGCGCCUGACGCGGACCAUUAAACUUGGAGCUGCCGCCUCGGCCCCUCUCUCGCCUCCGCCUCCCUCUGACAGCCGGGCGAGCGGGCGGCUCGGUGCAGGCAGGAGACGCGCCGCCGGGCUGGGCUGCCCGCGGGGGAGAUGAGUCCUCGCCGGGAGGGCGCCUCCGGGAAGAAGACCGAGGGCGAAGCAAAGUUGCAGGGCAGCUGAGGAGCUCGGCCGCAGCCCUUCCAGCCCGCUCACCCCAGGCUAUGGAGGGCCGACUCUAAAAUGAAUCCCGAUCUGGACACCGGCCACAACACAUCAGCACCUGCCCACUGGGGAGAGUUGAAAAAUGCCAACUUCACUGGCCCCAACCAGACCUCGAGCAACUCCACACUGCCCCAGCUGGACAUCACCAGGGCCAUCUCCGUGGGCCUGGUGCUGGGCGCCUUCAUCCUCUUCGCCAUCGUGGGCAACAUCGUGGUCAUCUUGUCGGUGGCCUGCAACCGUCACCUACGGACGCCCACCAACUACUUCAUCGUCAACCUGGCCAUUGCCGACCUGCUGCUGAGCUUCACCGUGCUGCCGUUCUCGGCCGCCCUGGAAGUGCUUGGCUACUGGGUGCUGGGACGGGUCUUCUGUGACAUCUGGGCCGCCGUGGACGUCCUGUGCUGCACGGCCUCCAUUCUGAGCCUGUGCGCCAUCUCCAUCGAUCGCUACAUUGGGGUGCGCUACUCUCUGCAGUACCCCACACUGGUCACCCGCAGGAAGGCCAUCUUGGCGCUGCUCAGCGUCUGGGUCUUGUCCACAGUCAUCUCCAUCGGGCCUCUCCUUGGGUGGAAGGAGCCCGCGCCCAAUGAUGACAAAGAAUGUGGGGUCACCGAAGAACCCUUCUACGCCCUCUUCUCCUCCCUGGGCUCCUUCUACAUCCCUCUGGCGGUCAUUCUGGUCAUGUACUGUCGCGUCUACAUCGUUGCCAAGAGGACCACCAAGAACCUGGAGGCGGGAGUCAUGAAGGAGAUGUCCAAUUCCAAGGAGCUGACCCUGAGGAUCCACUCCAAGAACUUUCAUGAGGAUGCCCUCAGCAGUACCAAGGCCAAGGGCCACAACCCCAGGAGUUCCAUAGCUGUCAAACUUUUUAAGUUCUCCAGGGAAAAGAAAGCAGCCAAGACCUUGGGCAUUGUGGUCGGUAUGUUCAUCUUGUGCUGGCUACCCUUCUUCAUCGCUCUACCACUUGGCUCCCUGUUCUCCACCCUGAAGCCCCCCGACGCCGUGUUCAAGGUGGUGUUCUGGCUGGGCUACUUCAACAGCUGCCUCAACCCCAUCAUCUACCCGUGCUCCAGCAAGGAGUUCAAGCGCGCCUUCGUGCGCAUCCUCGGGUGCCAGUGCCGCGGCCGCCGCCGCCGCCGCCGCCGCCGCCGCCGCCUGGGCGGCCGCGCCUACACCUACCGGCCGUGGACGCGCGGCGGCUCCCUGGAGCGCUCGCAGUCGCGCAAGGACUCGCUGGACGACAGCGGCAGCUGCCUCAGCGGCAGCCAGCGGACCCUGCCCUCGGCCUCGCCCAGCCCCGGCUACCUGGGCCGCGGCGCGCCGCCGCCCGUCGAGCUGUGCGCCUUCCCGGAGUGGAAGGCGCCCGGCGCGCUCCUGAGCCUGCCCGCGCCCGAGCCCCCCGGCCGCCGCGGCCGCCGCGAGUCGGGCCCGCUCUUCACCUUCAGGCUCCUGUCCGAGCCCGAGAGCCCCGGGGCCGACGGCGGCGCCAGCGACGGCGGCUGCGAGGCGGCGCCCGACGUGGCCAACGGGCAGCCCGGCUUCAAAACCAACAUGCCCCUGGCGCCCGGGCAGUUCUAGGGCCCCGGGGAGGGGGGAGAAACCGU